UCUGGGCUGGGGCCGGGCGCAGGUGCCCUGGAGGGCCCAGGUCAUGCCCUGGAUGCUUCGCGCCUGAGUCACCCCAGGUCAGCCGUGCCCCUCGGAGCUGCCGCCCACCUGAGUGAGGGGUGGGCCUCGGAGACCUGGGAAACCCCUUCUUGGCCCGCCCCGCGGCCCCGCCUGCCCCAGCAGGGAAAAGGCGGCUGCCAGUCACAACAGUCACAGGCACUGGGACCAGGAGCCCCGAAGACGGUCAGCCGGCCACCCUGCCAGCGCAGCCUGGGCCAUGGACCCCCACGAGAUGGUUGUGAAGAACCCGUACACCCACAUCAGCAUCCCCCGGGCCCACCUGCGGCCGGACCUGGGGCAGCAGCUGGAGGCUGCGCCCUGCUCUGCAUCAGUGACACAGCCACUGCCUGAGGGGCCCUGUGCCCCCCGGCCGGCCAGCCCUCUGCAGCACCCCCAGGCUCCGGGGCCCAAGGGGACCCAAGGGGCCAAGGGGACCCCGGGGGUGGCCCUCGGCCAGAGCCAGCAGGCUUGGCAGCAGCCCAGCAACCCCUAUGGCCCCGGGCAGCGCCCGGCGGGACUGACCUAUGCUGGCCUGCCCCCCGUGGGGCGUGGUGACGACAUCGCCCACCACUGCUGCUGCUGCCCCUGCUGCUCCUGCUGCCACUGCCCCCGCUUCUGCCGCUGCCACAGCUGCUGUGUCGUCUCCUAGCCCAGACCCCGAGGACGGCCGCUCCCUGCUCUGCCAGGACGCUGCCCGCUGGGAAGGCUGGCCGCUCGGCCGGCACCCCGGGGACACCCGUGCCACCUCCUCGGAGGCCCAGACAAUAAAGCAGAGUGCGCGCUGUCCGGUGGCUCCUGUCCUUUGUUGCUGGCCUGGGGGUGGGGGGGCAGGAAGGACGACCGCACUGCCCCGCCCCCACAGCCCUCUAAUAGUCUCCCGGCCUCUGUGGAACAUUCUAAGGACAGGAAAGCCACUGCCCCGAGACAGCGUGUGGGCUCGGGGCUGCAGGGGGUGGGAGUGUGUCCGUGGGCCUGGCUGGGCCUGGCCUGGGUUGGAGCUGCCGCCCGCACUCCAGGCCAGGGCUGCGACCCAGGCCGGGUCCAGUGGCAGGAAGAGGUGGUGGUAGGUUUCAGGAGGCACAGCUGAGGGCUGAACCCUGCCCACCGUGAGUCACCUCCCAGCCUCAGCCAGGGUGUUUUUCUGGUUUCCCAUGAAACAUCUAAUUCCUGCACACCCUGGGCCGUGCUGCU